AUGCAACCCGCUCUGCACCUCCAGCGUCGCGAGGAUGAUUGCAACGGCAGCCCUGCCGAGACGUCCAACAUGGGCCUCCGCAUUGCCUCUGUCUUCAUCCUCCUCGUCGCAUCCCUGCUCGGCGCCCUGAUCCCCAUUGUCAUCCACCGCAGCUCCCACGUCAAGGCCCCGCCCGUCCUCUUCUUCGCCCUCAAGUUCAUCGGUACCGGCGUCAUCAUCGCCACCGCCUGGAUGCAUCUUCUGGCCCCUGCCGCUGAGCAGCUCGGCGACCCCUGUCUCGUCGACCGUCUUGGCGAGUACGACUGGGCCUUCUUCAUCGGCCUCAUGACCGUCCUCACCAUGUUCCUCGCUGAGCUGCUCGCCACGCACUUUGGCAAGUGCUACGUGACCGAGGCCGAAUCUGCGGCGCUUGAGUCGGCCGUCGUCGCCGCAUCGUCGCCGAAGGGAGAGGGACCCUACUCCGACGACGGCGACGCCUCCGACCCCACCGUGCCCCGCGGCAGCCUCGCUCUGCACGGCGACCGCGAGGCCGACGCUCACCUCGCUAACCACGACCGCGACCACCCGGCCCUCGCCGGCCAGCUGACGGCCAUCCUGAUCCUCGAGUUUGGUGUCAUCUUCCACAGCAUCUUCAUCGGCCUCGUCCUUGCCACGACCGACGACCUCGUCAUCCUCCUCAUCGUCCUCGUCUUCCACCAGUUCAUGGAGGGUCUCGGUCUCGGCUCCCGCCUCGCCAUCGCCAGCUGGCCUGGCGGCCGCUGGUGGCUGCCGUAUUUCCUCGCCGGCUGCUACGGUCUCGCCACGCCUAUUGGCAUCGCCGCCGGCCUCGGUGCCAAGCCCACAAACGCCGCCGAUCAGACCCUGACGAACGGCAUCUUUGACGCUAUCAGCGCCGGUAUUCUCAUGUACACCGGUCUCGUCGAGUUGCUGGCGCACGAGUUUAUGCUGAACCCGCAGAUGAGGAGAUCGGGACUCGGGAAGCAGCUGGGUGCCUUUGUGUGCAUUAUUUUCGGUGCCGGUAUCAUGGCGCUGCUGGCCAAGUGGGCUUAG